AUGAAAGAAAAACUUUGUUAUGUAACAACUAAUUUUGAGGAAGAAAGUAAGAAAGGUUCUUUAUUGGAAACAGAAUAUGAGUUACCAGAUGGAAAUAUAAUAACGAUUGGUUCUGAAAAAUUCAGAACAACAGAAGUAUUCUUUCACCCAAAUCUUAUUGGAAUGGAGGUUGGUGGAAUUCACGAGCAUAUUGCUACCUCCAUUAGAAAGUGUGAUGUUGAUAUUAGAAAGGAAAUGUAUUCAAACAUUGUGCUUUCGGGAGGAUCGACAUUAUUUAAUGGAAUUGCUGAAAGAUUGAGCAAUGAACUUCAAGAAAUAUCUCCCUCAAUGAAGAAUCGAAUAAUAGCAUUACCCGAUCGAAAGUACCAGGCUUGGGUUGGUGGUAGUAUUUUUGCUUCAUUGUCAACUUAUAAUAAAAUGUGCAUCAGGAAAGAGGAGUAUGAUGAAACUGGACCAAAUAUCGUUCAUAGAAAGUGA